UUAUGACAAUUUUAAAAUGUAGUCUCCUAAGUCACUGAUCAAAUCGCAUGCGCGACUGUAUGGCACGAAGUUAGCUACGACUUGCUACCAACAUAAAGUUACAAACGGGCGGGUGUUUCUAUCGAUCGGCCCUAUAAGGGGCGAACGCCGGCUUUACCCUACAGUUUUACCCAAACAAAUGUUGUUUAGUUUGACAUAAAACAUGGAUCCAAGUUCUAUGAGCUCGUCUGGUCUGUUGGAGUGGGAGUUUUCGUUGCCAUCUGAUCAAAUAAUUUCUCAUGGAUGGUACCACGGCGCGCUGAGCAGGACUGCGGCCGAAACCCUGCUGCAGCAGGAUCGAGAGUUCUUGGUCAGGGACUCGUCUUCACAGCCCGAUAAUUACGUGUUAAGCUGCCGGUCAAAUGGACAACACUUACAUUUUGUAAUACAACGGGCAAGUCUUCAAUGCGUUCUUGCUAUUGCCCUUAGGGUUUCUGUCACCACCAAUAGAAUAGCCAUAGUCAUAAAAUAUGUUUUUUUUCAGAUCGUGGUGCACCCUGACACUGUAUACGAGAGACACCAGUACCAAUUCGAAGAUGAAGCCUACGACACUGUGGCAGACCUCAUCACCUCAUACGUCGGUUCCGGAAAGCCAAUUUCAGCAGCUUCUGGAGCGAGAAUCCAGUACCCGGCUAAUCGCGUGACGCCUCUUACCAACUAUAUUCAGAACGAUGACAUCAGUUCCGUCGUGUCCCCGGUUACAGACGGAUCAUACGGUAACCCCUACAGUCUGUACAGCCACUUCGCGGCUAAGCCUGGAAUGCAGCUGCGAUUGCCUUUCAAAAAACAACGAUCUCACUCUCUAACUCCUAUUGAUAUGGGACAGCAUGUCACUCACGGCAAAAGUGCAAGUGCCGACGGUGUCAUUCAAAGUCAGACUAGUAAGCUAGGGAAAAGCUUUUGUAGCGAUUCUUAUAACAAUUCCAACACUUGGGAUGCCAACCUCCCGACUAGCCCACCUGCCAAACCAGCGAGAUACGAUGGACCCAAAGCCGAAGAAAGAAGAUUAGAGCUACAGCGACUGUACCAAGUUUCAGGAUCAGAUUCUGGCAAUGGAUCUGGAGAUUCUACACAAAGUUCUGCUCACAGUGACCCUAAUAAGUCAAGAAUGGAAUCAGAUUAUAAUUUAGUGACUCCGACAAUUAAACAGCAAUUCGAUUACGAGCUCACCGAGGCCAAGUUAUUGCAGACCGAAAACAUUGACUACGUGGUGGAAUCUAGAAUUAAUUUGGAAAAUUUUCAGUCGCAAAUCAUACCGAUGGGGUUAACUAAACCUCUGGAGUCUGAAACGCUGCAUACCAUCAAGCUUCUGUUACGUACUUCCGGCCCGAGGAUUUUAUCGAAUCACAUGACAAAAGUGGAUUUGUAUUUUAUGUUCGACAAUGCAAUACAAAUCGAAGGUCUGGACAAAACCGCUUCUGGACUGGAGCUCUUGUUCCUGCCGCAAGGUCGACCGCUGCGUUUAGAUGUUAUAGAAAGGAUCGAGACGUUUCGCCUUCUCAUAGCAGUAACAAUAUUGACUUGCCAAACGGACAGACAGCGAGCUGACACAAUUAACGACUGGAUACUUCUAGCAGUUGAGACAAAGACCGCUUUGGGUAAUCUCUACGGGUUCUCUGCUAUUAUGUUUGGGCUGUGCAUGCCUCAGGUGGAGUGCUUGGAUAACGCCUGGAAUAUCUUAAGACGCGUCUAUACAGACAACGCGUUUAUGUUCGAAGCUAAACUAAGGCCGUGUUUCAAAAGUAUGAAUGAAGGAACAAAUCCUUUGCCUCCAAAUACGACUACACCGAACAUUCUUCCAGCAGUGCUGUGCUUCCAUUUAUUUGGUAAUAUACUUUUGAAUAAGUAUCUCUGGUUAGGAUUUUUGAAAUACAUGGUUAUCAGUCCUAACUUUUAUUUUCCUAUAAAUAUACAUAGGUCUCAUUAUCUGUCUUUUCAUCUACAUACAGACGGCGAAGGCGGCGGCCUUUUGCAGCCAGACGACACGUUCUCGUUCAGCCUGAUGAACAGUCUAGAGUUCGACUUCAACGCUACGGCAGCCCACUUGGACGCGGCCCGACACUUCCCCAACCAGAUAGACAUGUUCAAACGGAACGCCAGAACCGUUGUGCAGGAGAUGUCUUCCUUAGGACCAGUCUUGGACCCGACCCUGCUCGAGUUAUUCAGAACUGAGUUCCAUAUUAACUUCCUGUGGGGCGAGAGAGGCGCUCUCACCACCCCGAACCAAAGAUUCGCCCGUUUAACGGAUAUUCUGACAGCCAUGGCUAACAAACUAGCAAACCAACCUCCCGACGCAGACGACAUUGUUUAACCGUAUUUUUAGAACAGUUUACCAUAUCACAGAAACGCCAAUUUACAAGUUAUUGUGUAUGCGUAGGAACAUGAAUAUUGGAUAAUUAAGAUAGGUACUUUGCUCAUUAUUUACACUGAAGCAAUAUCGACAACGCGAAUAUUUUAUAAUUUUUGUUUUUAUAAGAAAACAGUUUUGUCGUAAUAUGUAAGUAUGUAUAGUACAAAAACAAUUGUUAUAAUUUUGCACUGCCCAUACUAUAGUUAGGGCUUUUUGAGGCAAUGCGAGAUAUAGCGAUCGAGUUGAAUUACAUUGCGGAGCUGUGCAGGUCAGGCUAGUAUUAGUGUAUAAUCUAUGGGUCAGGCGGCCUGCCACCACGACUUACUGGUAUUGCGCUGUCACACAUCACCACAACCAUAUUUUUGUCUACAACUUUCAUACAACGCCAUCUAGUCACAAACUAAGCAAACCUUGUAUUGGACAAUAAUUGAUAAAAAUACUUAUAUAUUUCUAAAUUCAUACAUGAUAUCGAUAAAUUACACCCAGACACAGAACAAAUGAUCGUGUUCAUCACACAUACAUUGGUCCUAGGUGGAAAUGAAACCCACGACCUUCGGUACAGCAGUCAGAGUCACUAACCACUAGACCAACAGGCCAGUCGUUACAAUAUUACUACUUAAUAGAACUAUUGCUUUCUUUAGGUCGUACUGUGGUCGUGAAGUAGUAUAACAUCGCCGGCAAUGUAUCACAACUCGCUUUAUUUCUCGUAUCGUCUGAAUUAGCUUUCAUAUAAGAAUUGGUGUAUAGUACCGACCUAGUCAAGUGCAUAGUAUGUGAAGGCUCACAAAUAUUGCAAUAAAUAUGAAUACUCGUAACAGUAACUUUAUGAACGACGUGUACCUUAUUUUUGAUCUCAAAUAGUUUUAUUACAAUUUAUAUUUAAUGCAUAAACAUAUACUACUGGAAAAAA